AUGGGCAAGAUCAUCUUCUACGAGGAGAGGAACUUCCAGGGUCGCUCCUAUGAGUGCAUGAGCGACUGCUCUGACAUGUCCUCCUACCUGAACAGGUGCCAGUCCUGCAGGGUGGAGAGCGGCUGCUUCAUGGUCUACGACCGGCCCAACUACAUGGGAAACCAGUACUUCACGAGGAGGGGCGAGUAUGCUGACCACAUGUCUUUUGGCAUGAGUGACUCCAUCCGAUCCUGCCGUUUAAUUCCUCAGCACAGAGGUCAGUUCAGGAUGAGGAUCUACGAGAGGGAGAACUUCCAGGGCAUGAGCCACGAGCUGAUGGAGGACUGCGUCAACAUCCAGGACCGUUACCGUAUGCCUGACUGCCAGUCCUGCAACGUGAUGGACGGCCACUGGCUGAUGUACGAGCAGCCCAACUACAGAGGCAGGAUGAUGUACCUGAGGCCAGGAGAGUACAGGAGCAUGAGAGAAAUGGGAUUCAGCGGCAUGAGGAUCAGCUCUGUCAGGCGUAUAAUGGAUUCCUGUUGA